AUGAGCCUACACGCCAUAAGUCUUCAACCACUUAUAACGCGACUGCGCGUUUCAAGCGCAGCAAAACAGUGUUGGUUUGCUGAUGACGCAACCGGAAGUGGUUCCCUGAAAGACGUGAAGAAUUGGUGGGAUGAACUAUCAGAGAGUGACCCUCCGCUGGGUUACUUCCCUAAUGCCAAGAAAUGUUGGUUGAUCAUCAAACCGGAACGAGAACAGGCUGCCAGCGAGGUCUUUGGAGACACUGCUAUUAACGUCACCACAGAGGGCCACAAGCACUUAGGCUCGGCUCUAGGACUUAGAUCUUUCCUUGAAGAAUAUAUUGGCGAGAACGUAGACGAAUGGGUCAAUGAAGUUACUAAACUCGCAGAUUUCGCCAUAUCACAGCUUCAAGCCUGCUAUUCAACCUUCAUUUUUGGUCUGCGGCACCGUUGGACAUAUUUUCUAAGAACAUUACCGGAUAUUGCAGAAUUACGUGAGCCACUCAAGCGCGCGAUUAAUGAGGUUCUCAUACCAGCUGUCACUGACCAUACAGUCACUAAAGUAGAGCGCGACCUCCUUGCUUACCCUAUGCGCAUGGGAGGCCUUGGAUUUACAGAGCCUGUUGUGACCUCAUCUUCUGAAUACGAGGCUUCAAUCAAAGUUACUAAUCCGCUCGUGAGGCGAAUUGUUGAGCAAGAGCACCAGCCUCCAGACGCCUCAGAAAUUCAAACACUGCAACUGAGCACAAGAAAACAAAAAGAUGACUGUCUAAGUGAGAGGCUGGAACAAGUGAAGAACUCCCUGCCGACAAAAGCUAAGCGAGCUGUUGAGUUAGCUACAGAGAAGGGAUCAUCAAAUUCGCUGACCGUGAUUCCCCUCAAAGAGUUGGAUUACUAUCUGAAUAAGAAGGAAUUUAGAGAUCCAAUCAAGUUACGGUACGAC